UUAUCAUUUUCUCGACUUCUGCUAUCUGGUCUGUUGUUCAAGUCUGAUCUAGAUGCCAUGGAUAAGGCCCUGCAUACCUUUCACAAGGAGCAUCACAUUUUCAAGGAUGUCGGCAUCACUCCAGAUGGAAUCUCUCUACCCCGACAACAUUCUUUGUGUCAUUACCGUUAUCUAAUACAGCAGUUCAGCACUCCCAAUGGAUUAUGUUCUUCUCUCACAGAGUCAAAACACUGUAAGGCAGUCAAGGAGCCCUGGAGACACUCAAGUGGAUAUCUACCCCUUGGUCAAAUGCUAGGUAAAAUCAAUAUUUGGGAAAUAACUGUAUGUUUCACUCAUUUUCUGGUGCAUCAAGACUGACAAGCCCUUUCAGGAGAUGCAGCAUUCCAAGGAUCCUCUGAGUGCGAAACUGCUAGCAAGGAUAUCUGGAGCUCACAAUGU